CAAAGGUCACGCACAUGUCUUCUGCAUCAAAGUCCACUGAUCUGUAACUUUCAUUGAUUCAACUGUGUUUAUAUUUGGAACGACAACAUGUCACGAAAUGAUGUUAUUCACAAAGAGACAUGUGAAGAAAAUUACAAAUAUAUAUUUAAACCAGACAUACUAAGAGGGAAAGUUGCUUUUAUAACCGGUGGUGGCUCGGGGAUCUGCUUCACAAUAACUGAGAUCUUCAUGAGACAUGGCUGUGACACAGUAAUCGUCGGACGGAAUUUGGAGCGAGUUAAGCAGGCGUCCGAAACACUGAUGGCAGCGACAGGGGGGAGAUGUCUGCCUCUGAGUGUGGAUGUCAGGAAGCCACAGCAGAUACUGGAUGCAGUAGAUGAAGCAAUGGGACAGUUCGGGAAAAUUGACAUAUUGGUGAAUGGUGCUGCUGGCAACUUCCUCUGCCCUCUGGACCAGAUGUCCUUCAACGCCUUCCGCACUGUCAUGGAGAUUGAUGCUCAUGGGACAUUCAAUGUCAGCAAGGUUGUGUACGACAAGAGCAUGAAGACAAAUGGUGGCGUCAUCAUCAACAUCACGGCACUGCUGCAUCUCCGAGGAACCCAGAUGCAGACUCACGCUGGCUCAGCCAAAGCAGCCAUCGAGGCAAUGACCCGCCACAUGGCAGUGGAGUGGGGAAUGAAUGGCGUGAGGGUCAUGUGUGUGGCACCGGGACCAAUCGCAGACACAGAGGGAAUGAGACGCCUUGGUGGUGGGAGAGUAAAUGAGGAAUAUGAGAAGUCAAUUCCAAUCCAGAGGCUUGGUCUGCGUGUGGACAUCGCAGACGUCUGCCUCUUUCUGACAACCAGGGGCAGUGAACUCCUGACUGGCACCACAAUCGCAGCUGAUGGUGGCAGCUGGCUCACUGGCUCCAACAACUUCUACCAAACAAAGAAGCUGUUGUCUGCUGGACACUCCCUGAGCAAAGCCAAGUUGUGAACAGGGACGAGGAGAAA